AUGGCUUUCGCGGCAAUCAAUUCCUCUGGAAACAGGCAGACCUUCUCCGUGGUGAAUAAUACGUCUGCAGGCGUCCAGCAGUGGCCUGCAGUAGACUACUCGAUCAUAGACAAGGCCUUUGCUGCGGAUGCCUCACUCAGAAAGCGCGUCUAUGAUGCGAUCAGUGCCUCUCCUCAGCAUGGGCCUCUGUUCCAAGAUAUCGCCCAAUACACCUACAGUCUAAGCGCCAGAACUCAGAAUCCGGUCGCUCAGCCAGUGCAGCCGGUUGAAGAGGAGCCUGCUAUAAAGAAACGAAAGUUACAGAAUGGAGACGCUGUAAAGAGCACUGCGGUCGUGUCCGACCUGGCCGCGGAUGUUCCUUUGCAAUUUUACGUGCAAGAUGUGUCGUUUGCGGUCCCACAGCGUAAGAAGCUGGCGCUGGAGAUCACAGCUGCGGGCGGCUUUCUCCGGGCAAGAAACCAGACUUCUAAGGAAAUCGAAUUUGGCAUCCCGAUGGGAAAAAUCCAGCAUGUGCUUUGUCUCCCUGUGCCCGAGAAAUCUCAGCGACAGUUCAAUUUCUGCGUCAUCCCCAAGUACGGCGACGGGAUCACACCUCCUCCGGAAGGCGAAGCGGUCCCGGAGUCUAUGGUGUGGACGGUUGCAGAUGGUCCGCUCAAGGCAGCGUACACCGGGACUGGACAGCAAAUUGGCAGCGAGGAGACCGCCGAUGUUCUUCUCCGGAGAAUUUUGAACGAGACCCUUGGUCACACCAAGGUUAUACGGCCCGAUGAACGAGAGUUCGUGAGCGCGAUGCCCGAAGCGCAUCGCAAGGGCGAGAAGGCAUUUCAUGUGAAAGCCUUCCGUGGCAGUAAAGAAGGCUAUCUCUUCUUCCUUUCUACCGGAAUCUUCUUCGGUUUCAAGAAACCACUCCUAUUUUUUGCGUUCGAGAAUAUCGAGUCCAUCUCGUACACGUCCGUCCUCCAGAGGACUUUUAACCUCAACAUCGCCACUCGCAUUGAUUCCAGUCAGAACUCCCAGGAGAUCGAGUUUGCAAUGAUCGACCAGGCCGACCAUGCUGGAAUUGACGCAUAUGUGAAGAGACACGGUCUGCAGGAUGCUAGUUUGGCGGAAGCCCGACGCGCAAAGAAGUACAACGUCAACGCAGAAAAGGGUGGCCAGGACACCGGCGAAGGCGAGAUGGAACAGGAGAGUGAGCUCCAAAAGGUCCAGCGUGAACUGGAGGAUCAGGAGGAUGAAGAAGAGGAGGACUAUGACCCGGGCAGCGAGGGCGAUAGUGAUGGAAGCGAAUCGAGCAGUGAGGAGGAAGACGGCGAAGGUGAGGGCUUUGAGUACGACGAGGGGAGAGAUUUGGUGAAGGAGGAGCUAGGAAGCGAGGCUGAAGAGAUUCCACCGGACGAGCUGUAG